GUCGAAAAUUUGACCAUGUACGAAAAUUAAUCAAAUCGGACCCGGACGUUGUCAAGAGCCGGCGAAAAAAGAAAAGGAAAAAGAAGAAGAAGGUUAAGAAAGGGAAAAGCAAAAAACGGCAUCGCAGAAGCGACAGUGAAACAACAAGUACAGCCAGUGAAGGAAGUCAGGAUUGUUCUGGCGAUGAUGAAUGGAUUGAAAGAAACCUGAAGAAGAAUUUACCAAAAAAACUUGAGGGAAAAGAGGUCUUCACAACAGACAGUCAAGCCAUGCAUUCAAAUGUCACUUCUUCGUCCACUUCACAGGCAAACGAACUUGACAAAAAAGAAAGAUUUCAAGAACAAUUGUUUGAUCCUGUUCAACAAAUAAGGGAAAUAAGAGAGAGCAUUGGAAGAAGGAAUGUAAUUGUGAAUGAAAAUGAUGUAACUAAAGAAAUGUCACCUGCGAGUAGGCGUGACUGUUUCCAGGCCUCUCGUUCAAGAAGUAGAUCUCGUGGAAAAGAAGAUGGGAGCCUGGUGAGGAGAAGGAGUGCUAUAAGUAGUGGAAUGAAAACAAGUGAAAGUGAUGCUGCUGGUAGUGGAGAGAGUUGGGACGGAAGAAGACGAGAUCGUAAAAGAAGAAGCAGCAGUUCAAGAAAAGGUUGCAGUGUUAGGAGAAGCAAUAGUUCAGAUAGGGAUAGGUCCAGGGUAAUUAGGGGAGAGAGGGGUGGAAGAAGGACAAGUAGUGAUCGAAGUGGAAGAGAGCGAUCAAGAAGCAGUAGUUUGAGCCGUGAUAAGUCUAGGAUCACGAGAGCGCGUAGGGAUAGUGAUGGUCGGCAGGGUACAGUUAGGGAUAGAGAAGGACAACGAAGUCCAAGUAACAGUAGCACGAGGAAACCAAGUGAUGGAGGUCAGGGUAGAAGACGGAGAAGUAGGGAUAGAAGUGGUCAGCAAGGUUCAGUUAGGUAUGAUGAAAGACGGCAAAGAAGUAAAGACAUUUGUGGUCAAAGAGAUACGUAGGAAAAAACUUCAAGUGAUGGGAAUUAAACACUAUAUCUAAGGUUGUAGUAGACUAAUAAUAUCAUUGAACUAAUGAUGAUAUGUAUUGUU